UGGUCAUAGUAAGCGUUGGGACCAACCCGUGCUUAGUUCAACAAAGAUGGAUAUUGAAACAGGUGUCGGCGUGUAACUGGGGGGCGUGCGUUCAAAGGCACUAGCGAGGCAUCCCAAGUGUUUUAGUUUUUCUAAAGGAGGGAAGUGUGAGCCAGUGAUUGCAAUGCUGCAGUGUUGAGCCAAGGGAUUUUUUUUCGGGGGGAAGACGCAGGUAGUGAGCGAGCGCGGGAGGUAAGCAUCCCAUCAAUGAAUAAAGAGUCACCGCAAGGCGUAGUGCUAUGGCCACAGGAGUUUAUCCGAGAUUUAAAAUGCGUUCCCACAGCCCUUGGUGUGGCGUGGGAGGCGAGAUCGGGACAGUGAAAUGAUGGCUGAUACUAGACUCGCAUGUUUUCGCAUCCGUGGAGGGAGUGCCUUGAUUGUGUGGGAGGGACAGUACAUGCGAUGAGGGAAGGUAGUGUUCUUUGUGCCACGGUCGCCAAACAAUUAGGAAACACGGGAAGGGGUACCAUUGGAUAAAAAACAGUGCAAUAUAAGGAACCAAUAGACAGAAAUGGAAAAAAGAGAGAUAGACCUCCAUUAUUGAUAUCGAAAAAUUGAUUGACUCAAGAGCUAAGAAAGGGAAGAUAAAAAAAGGCACCUGACGGUGAUAAGAGGAAUCAGUGCUAAACGUGAGGAGGAUUAUGGCUUCAGACUUGCUUCAGAAGGGUCUCCCGCUUCCUUGGAGUUUCGGCGUGACUCGAGAUGGACGCAUUUUUUUCAUCAAUGAGGAGGCUCGUUUGACUACUUGGCUUCACCCGGUGACCUCUGAACCCGUGCUGACCGGACACCAGCCUCUCGCAGACCUUCCCAAGGGAUGGGAGCGCGGAGUCACACCGGAGGGAAUCCCCUACUAUAUUGACCACAACCGGCAAGAAACCACCCUAGUCCACCCAGUCACCCAGAAGUCAGCCGUUCACGCGGAGGCCAUCCACUCCCCCCCGGCCUCCACCCUCAGAUUCGAGGCGACCUCCUCAGCCCCGAACACCAACACACUCUCCAGCAGCGACACGAAAAGGGGGGGUGGAGGACGCCGGUCAGGAGGCUCGUGGGUGAAGAGCCCAGGAGUGCGGCGCCCCGAGGUAUCCCAGGUGACGCUACAGGGAUGGCUGUACAAGCAGGGCGCCGACGGCCUGCACCUCUGGAAGAAGAGGUGGUUCGUCCUCUCCGAGUACUGCCUGUACUAUUACAAAGGUCCGGACGAGGAUAAGGUGCUGGGGUCGCUGCCUCUGCCCUCGUUCAAGAUCAGCCCCGUGGACUCCGAGGACCGCGUGUAUCGCAAGCAUGCAUUCAAGGCCGAGCACCAGAACAUGCGCACCUACUACUUCGCGGCGGAAACCAAGGACCAGAUGGCUCAGUGGAUGAACGCCCUGUCCCUCGCCUCCAUCCUGCAGAAGGACACCAGCCUGGAAGAGAAGUGGAGCAGUGGAAGCAGCGCGCGCCGGAGUGAGCGCCCUUCGGUCUCGUCUUUGGCGUCGACGGCCUCGCCCUCAGCCGACGAGAGCGACUCCGGCUUCCACGGCUACAGGUCGAGGAGGUACCGGUCCCCAGACGGCCGGUCCCUGGACGAGGCAAGCGAAUCGUCCCGCCUCCAGGGCGACCGCCUGAACACCUCGUGCGACUCGUCCCUGAUCCUGCGGCCCGGCGAGCGGCAGCCCCUCUACGCCAACGCCCCACCCAAGCCCAAGCGGCUGAACUCCUCCAGGGACUACAGCACCUCCCCGGAGCGGUCGCCCGAACGGGACGAGAGAGACCCGCGCAUCUACACGGACCAUGGUGGCGGCAACGGCGCCGCGGACUCGCGCUCGCCCGACGCCCGAGGACUGCACUUCCACCCUCCUUCCGCCGAGCGAAGGACUCCCGACGCGUACGGAGUGACGUCGGGCGGCGCACGCGGGGACUACGAGGACGUGUAUGGCGACAGCAAUGGCUCCAGCUCCCUAGCGCAGAGUCCCAUCCGGAAGCCCGAGCAGCGAGACUCGUUCGCCUCGUCCAGAAGCGGUGGGACGAGACUUUCCGAGGAGCUGCAGCUAGCCGACCCCAUGAGGUCCACCUUCCGCGGCCAGGAGGACACGCUCCCCCGGGUCUCACACCCGGACCCACACCACCGCCACCGACCGCAGGGACCACCGCGCCCGCAUAGCGCAGACUUCCUGGAGUACGACCGGCGGCACGGCAACAACGACAUGUGGUCCUAUCGACGCGGCAGCGGCGGGGACCUCCCGAGACCCAACGAGAUUCGACCCAAGUCGUCCGUGGGUCAGAGCGAUCUGGAUCACUGGUCGGAGGAGAAUUAUGCUCAAAAGAUGCGGCAGUCGUCGUUGUACCACACGCACAUGCACAGCAGACCCACGUCGAGAUUCUCGGCAGCGGGGAAAGGCGAGAGCCCUGUCAGUGACCAUCACCAUCUGCACAGCCCCCACGGUGUCCCUCAGCGUGUACCACCAGCCGGGGCUGCCACGCCCGAUCUGUACACGCCACACAAACCCUCGGGCAUGGCGCCGGGCACCACAAACAGUCUGCGACAUGGCAUGGUUGGAGACGGCAGGCCAGCCUCGAGACAGGACCUGAGUCAGGAUCCUCGGCCCGAUGUGAGGCCCGACCUGAGACAGGACUCGAGGCAUGACCUCAGACCAGAUCCAAGACUCGAAUCCAGACCAGUGCACAUGCGAGCGGAGCCGAGGCAAGAUCCGCGUCAAGGGAUGGCACCCGAAGCGCACAGACAACACAAUCACGAGGAUCCUCACAACAGAUCGGACACGUCACCCAACACGACGUACAACAGUGUGCCUACCCCCCCAGGCAGCUAUCAGAACAGUGCCUCUCCCAGUGGCAGCGCCAACAACAGCUUCAUGAGAUCGGCGUCUGCAAGGCUGCCACGGCACAAGCUGCAGGAUGAUAUGAUGAACACCUCAUUGCCUGAUGAUGGGUCGGACGGAGACACCAAAAAGAUGCAACAGAGAGAGGAAUCAAUGAAAAGGCUGCUGGAGUGGAAACAGAGAAUGUUACAGUCACCCUUAACACGGAAGACCUCCCCUCGCCAAGAUGCAACUGCAACGCCACAGCCUCGAACAAAUAGCGAAGCUUAUAGGCAGCAAGUCCUAAAUGAGCUUGCAACUCAGGAAGCCAGAUCAAAAAGUGUCCAGAGUCAUGGCCAUGGCCAGAGCCAGUCUCCUGGGAGGACCCUGGGACAAGUUCCACCUUCGGGGUCUGUGCAAGGAAAGCCCCAUGGCUUCUCACCCAAUGGAUCAGCUGCACUGCACCACGGGUCAGGUAGUCAACCAGGUCAGGUACCUAGUGACUGUUCUGUGCCUCAGGAGUACGUGAGUGCCAGUCCAAUGAGUCAGGGCCAUGUGAAUCAGAGUCCCAUGUGUGUAUCUGGUCGAGGGCCUGGGGAAAGGCCGGCCCCUCAGGGGAGCUCCUCCCACCAGAGCUCUGAUAGUGGGAGCAGUAGGAGGAGGGAAGGCCGAAGGGAGAACUCCAGGACCAGGCAUGUCAGUGGAGGAGACUCAAGAAGGUCGGCCUCCGCCUCGAGAUAUAACAGCUACUCAUCGGAUGAAGAAGAUCUGCUGGAGGAGCGUGAGACUCGCAAAAGGACUCGACGCAACUCGAGGAGAAGCAGUGCCGAGUUGAGUCGCGAUGGACGAAGGGCAGGCACCACACCGGAAGGCAGAUAUCCAGCCUGGCCGGAAAAACGCAGUCCUGAGGAAAUGUUGGACGUUUCCAGAGAUUUUCGGGAUGAAAAUAGGAAUGAGCUUAUGAGUGACAGUUUUGUGCAGCAGCCAGUGCACGCGACACCUACUUCGUCGCCUGAUUAUGUGAAUAUAAAUGUUGUGAGUGAAUCGUGUGAUCCUAAAUAUUCAAAUAAAUUCAGAGGCAAAAACAAUGCCUCAGAUGUAGAAAAUGUUUGCAGUGAGAGAACAGUGAGCCAACGUGCUGAACCUGUGUUCAUUGAACAGCAUGAAGGCUAUGAUGAAGUGAGAAGGUUCGAGCCACAGCAUCUAGAAAAUGAACAAAGCCCCAAUGUGUCUAGGAAUUUUGAACAGAGUUAUGUUUACAGUGACCGCUUUUAUGCAACAAGAGAUCCCUAUUAUGUAUCAGAUGUUCAAAUGCCAGCAAUAAACGAUCAUAAAUUUGACGAUGACAAGAAUACCAGUGCCCCUGUGAAUAAUGUUUCACAAAGAGAUCUGAACACUUCAUAUGAUUCUAAGACUUCGUCACAAAGUAAGUACCAUCAGGUGAACAAUAUAUCCUUUGAAAAUGAGCAAAGAAGGUCCUCUGUGGACAUGAACAAGAAUUCGCACCAUAGUCUGCAUGGAAGAGAUGGCAAAGACUUCCAGAGCUACGAUAGUACAACAGGUUAUCCUUCCUAUGACUCCCACAUUGCUCACAAAGGAGAUAGUCUAAACUCCCACAUUUCUCAAAGAGGGACUGGCUUUCAAGAUGAUACCACUUCCACUGGCAAAUAUUCAGACAGUGGUUAUGAUACUUUGCGUGCAGAAAUGCCCCUCAGACGUGAGGAGAACAGAAAUCCUCAUGGUGGGUCCCUGUGGAAAGCAGAUAGUUUAGAGAGUAGCCCUGAGUGUUCGAGUGUUGUAAGAAGAAGGGGGUAUGAUCGCACUGGUAGGAGGCCGGAAACAUGGAGCCCUGAAAAGUUUGACAGGUCUUGGGUGGGAAGGCCAAUGGGACCAGAUCUGAAGUCGAAAGUGGAUGAAUCCAAGGUCGUGAAGGAAUACAGUUAUGAAUACAUUACUCCUGAUAAGAACUGUGAAUCAUCACCCCAGGAGAAUUUUAGAAAUAUGUCCAAUUCACUGAAAAAGUCAACCCCAGUUUUGCCAUGUUUAGAAAGUCCAAAAAUGGUACAAGAAACUCAUCAACAGACUCAGAGUCAGAUGAAUUUGGUGCAAGAUAGGAUAAAGAAAUUUACAAGCAACAUUGAUGCCAAAGAAAAUCAUAUCAAUCAUAGUGAGGAAUCACGCAUUAAGCCCUUAAAACAUAGUGAAUCAAAGACACAAAUAGAUAAUCAAAUGAAUAACUCAGGCUUCAAUGAGCAGCCUUCAAGAAACCUAAGAGAACCCCUGAAGGAACCCUUGAAACCUGUGUCUCAAGUCAGAAGUUCAGAAGCUCUUGUAUCGCCCCUGAAAGCUGAGUUUGCCACCUCAGAAUCCACUAUGGUGACAGCUCAAGAGGCACAAGUCAAGAACAUAUCUGAUUACAAGAGGAGAGAUGAGGUUAUUGGUGCUGCAACCAUGGAAGAAGGUGUGGCAAAUCUCAGGUAUGUUUCGAGUCCAGAGCCUUCAAGUUUAGAGUACAGAGAACUGAGAAGCCCUCAGGAUAUCAUGGAUUCAAGGCUUAGCAGAACCAACAUCAGGAAGUUUUUGUUUGAUGAUGAUUCUAAACCUGAGACUAACAAACAACAUCAUAAACCACUGAAUCCUGUUAAACCUCCUUUGAUGAAGAAACCAGUACAGCCUAGAUCUGUGAAGGCUCUCCUGAAGAAUUUCGAAGAGAGGAGCAUAGAACACAUGGAGAGGGUCAGUAUGAGUCAGGAUGUAUCAAGGAAGAAGUUCCACAGUGACUCGGAAAUGCUGUCCAACGAGAGUUCAAGUGAUGAGGGCCCCUGUGAUGACCAGUACAAUGCAUUGCCAGAGAAGACACCAGUGUCACCCACCACAUCAGUUCUUGCAGACCUGAGAAAGUCGGCAGAUGACAAGAAGGAGGAGAUUGCUCCUAUUGUUCCUCCUCCAAGGCCGCCAAAGAAGCCAACAUUAGGAGGAGAUAUGGAUGUAGUUAUGGCCCCAGCCUAUCUGAGAUUAAGUUUAGCAGAAUCUAUUCAAGAAUCCUUGAAGGUGCAGGAGGAUAGUGACAGCGGAGGUGAAGAGGCUAGUUGGAUGGACACCACAUUGAACAGUGAGCAAAGUAGAUUGCUUUAUCCUCCCUCAGAGCAUGACACGUCUAUUGUAAUAGACCUGGACAAGCCACCAGAGGAGGAUGCUCCACCACCUCCUAUUUGCCCAACAAGUGGAAUUCAGAGCCCGCUACCUCGACCAAAUCCUUAUAUAGAGGAGAAUUACUUACCAAUGAGCCCACCUAAAAAGCCAAGCCAUGGAUCAGGUAUUCUUGCUCCAGCAAGUUCUUGCAGUAGUCUGAGCAGUAAGCAUUUGCCUACUCCAGAGCCUGUAUACCCUGAUGCCUUUGCAAAAACGGAAUAUGAAGAACACACUUACAUCGAAAUGAGUGGAGACACAGCUUCCAAUAACAAUGCAAGUAAUGCAAGUCUUCCUCCUCGACUUGAUCUCAGUAAAUUAACUGGUGACCAAACAUUUACUCCUGAGAGUCCUAGGUAUUACGAAAUUGGGGAUAAAGAUGAGCCCCAGCAUUAUGAGUACAUAUACAAGGGACAGUCUCACUAUGAAGCAAUCUACAUGGAAGUUCCAAAUUCUGAAAAGGACGAAAAUCCAGUAGAUGAAAAACCCCAGAUUCCAGAGAAACCAGAUGAACUAAAACUACAGCAUAAUUCUGAGAGGAAAUAUCCAUCAGACACAGCUCUUAACUCUUCCCUUAGUAAGAUUGACACAAAGCCUCAGUCUAAUGUCUCAUCUGAUGCAGAUGACGAAGCCUCCAAGGACCUUGAUAGUUUGGAACCCCCACGCAACCCUCGUUUCAGCCUGUCAGAUACUUUCCGUCCAGCUUCAUACUACUUAAGUGGAGCUGAACCAUCAAGUGAUCCUGAUGCUCAAGAUUCCUCAGAUUCUGAUCUUGUUCCUCCUCCACCCAUACCUCUUAGUCCACCACCAAUGGACGAACUGGAAACUGGAGGACCAAAGGCCAAGAAUUUUGAUUUUGAGAAUCUAGAAACCCCUGAUCCACCUCCACAUCUCCGAAAUGCACUGACUUCUUCAAGAUCACUCAGGGUCAGUCAGAGCAGCCUCAGAGAAGAUCUAAAUACUUCAAGAUCAUCUAUUGGCAAGGAAAAAAGGAUGUUUGAAAAGUCAGAAUCUUCCUCCAGUCUUCACUCCGAUAAACUGAAGAGAAGGCCAGUAUUUGAAGAGACUCUAGAAAGUCUUCAUGAUGAUGAUAGUUUCAUUCUAAGGUCAGAGGAUAGGUAUCCUGCAUCAGCUGCAUAUCCAGAAGAUUGUACAAUGUCUGGAGCAGAAAAGAAUAUCCAGAGAGAGAGACGGAAACCUUUCCCACAAUGUGCUGAAGAUAUUUUACUUCCUGGAGAGAAGCAUGAACCGUCUGCCAGGCCAAAGUCAGCUUUGGAUCACAACAUGUCUUUCCAGAGCAACUUAGACACCUCAUUUUCAUCCGGGAAGAUUGAGAAUCCUUAUGUGAAUGAAGGCUUCCAGCAUAAUGCUCGUCCCAAUUUGAACAACCUUCAGGGUCCUGCAGUAGGCAGAGAGUAUUGUAAUAUACCUCCUAACUCAAAGGCCUGCAGUCAGCUAGAAAGAGAAAGGUCAAACUCAACUGGAUCACGACCAAAGUCUCCCGACCCAUAUGCUGACAGAAAGGAGCUUUCCACAUACCAGAAUGUCCCUGCACCAAGGACAUCAUUGCUGAAAAAGAACCCAAGUCAGCUGAUCUCAUCGAAUGCAGAACCGACAGGGUCUCCUAUGAUCGAUGCACUUCGUGGGGUUCAUAGUCCUGUUGCACAGCUGAGUGUCAGUCACCAACGUACAUCAUCAGAGGCUUCUUCUCGAGGAUUAGUGAGCCCUACAGCUAGUGUCCUUUCUCUGGGUGGUGGCAAUGUGGCUCCUAUACACUUGAGAGCUGCUUCCAAUGUGUCAGUAGGAAGUGAAUCAAGCCCUCGCUCUGCGCCCUAUUAUUACUCUGAUGUGAUUCGUGAUGAGGGUGCAGCACUAGCUGAUGGAAUGGUAGGCACUCCAAGAUCAAGGUCCUACCAGCUCAAUAAUCAGCGCGAUCUUGAAGCUAAUAAAAGGCAGGAUAUAGGGCGUAAAGUAAAUCAGAUCACCAGUGCUUCAGACUUUGAACAGAGACGUGAAAGAUUGACACAAAACCACAGUUUGGCUCAUGAAUUGAGAACUUCAGUUGAGUUUCUUGAAGGAAAAACUGUAACAUCUCCAGAUGAACGUAAUGUAUAUGAUUCUGACACACUUCGUAAAAUGAAGCGUCGUGCUUAUACCCCAGACCCAGAGCUUGAUGCCAAGAAUGUGUUUCCUUAUGGUCUUUCAGUGAAAAUGGACUCUCCUUCAGCUGGUCCUCAAAUGGGCCACCGUAGAACUAGGUCAUUAGAGGGACUUUUAGACGAACCAGCUCGGCCUUUUGCAAGUGGAGCAAGUAAUACCUUGCCACCUCCUCCAGAAAAUUCUCAGUCUUUCAAUGGUCCAAUGCAACACAAUGCAGGUUGUGCCAAACCAGGUGUUCCACAGAUUGCCACAUCCGCACCCUUGAGAACGAGUCAAGGAAGUUCCUUGGGAUCAAGUGUAUCACCUCCCCCACCACAUCUUGUGUCUGCACCACACAGAGGUGCCUUCUCCCAGCUCACAAGUCAACGUGCAUCUGUUAGUAGCUUGCAUAGUAGUGGCAGUGUGCCACCAGGAGCAACCUCCCCUUACGCUACUUCUCCCUUGCCAAUAUCACCCCUGCCUCCGUACCAGAUUGGCAGCCGUGAUAGUCUGGUCAGCAGGGAGAGCACCGCGAGCCGAAUCAGCUUCCAUGAACCCCGGAUUCCCCAUCAACCACGCAGCCCUCUAAGUCAUGACCAGAUGGCUUUUCAGGAGAGCCAAGAAUGGGAAGACGAUAGUCAGUGGCGGGAACAGCUUCGCCGUGCUUCCUUGAGGCACACCCGUUCCUUGGAGACUCUGGAUGAAGGACGCCCCCGAAGACCCGGCGACGGAGGGAGCACCGAAAACCGUCCUCCAGCCAGGCUGAGUGUGCCAAACCACCAGCCGAGCAUGGAGGACCACAACAGCCAGCGACUGCAGCAACAUAAGCUGGAUGAAUAUACAGUCGACUACCGCGAGGGCCGUGUGGGCCCAAACCACUACCGAGGGCAUGGUGGUCAACACUCGGAGACCCUCGAGAGAACUCGAAGGGGCCUCACAUGUCUUGAGGGCUACGAGUGGGACGAGGCUGAAGAGCGGUUCAGGAAACCGAACCCGCCCAGCAGAAUCCAGUCCCCGACACACCAGCAGAACCACAACGUCCAGCAUCAGCCUUUUUUAGCCGACGGCCUCCCACCUUCACCCGAGACGGAGCGCGAGGAGCAGCGUCAGUGGCAGGAGAGCCCGGCGCCGCCCCCCGCCCCCGGUCCGGCCUCGCCCCGCCCGCAGGAGCACCCUUCUUCGGCGGGCGGCGAUGAGAGUCCGGCCGGUUCCUCGGGGGUAGGAGGGAGGCCCGCCGACGUGAGCGAGGCCCGGCACGACAGCCCUGCCUCUACCGCGGUCUCGCCCACGCCACAAGAAGCCACGCCCACACCCACGCCCACAAGCAGCGCCUCUCUCACCGCUCCGGAUGUCAUCCCCACACUUGACGUCAAGUUGGGUGAGAGUCUACCUCGCCGACCUGAUCCAAACGCACCCAACUCCGGUGUACCACAGGGUUCCACCCACGCCCACGCUCACGCCCAUGCUCAGAAGUACCACCACCCGCACGCCCAUCACCAGAAUUACCAGCACCACCCCCACCCCCAUUCGCAAAACCCUUACCACCACUACAAGAGCGACGAACUACACAAGUACUCCAACCACCCUGGCCAGAACUACCAAAGCAACGGCCCGUAUGCCAACAGCUACCACAGUGGUCAUGGCUACCACUCGAACUACCCAGAGGAGCACGCCAACUACCCCAACAACUUCAAGGCUGCCCACAACCGGGCGCCGAACUACCAGGACAACCAGCAGAGCCUGGGAACCAACCCCAACAACUACAACAACACCCUCAACAGCCAGCGGGGUGUCUUGAACGGCUCCUACAGACAGCCUAGUCACUACGACUUCCAGGACUACCACAACUUCAAGAACCACCAGCAGGACUACAAGAACCAUCAGCAGGACUACAAGAACCACCAGCAGGACUACGGCACCUACGGGAAGCACCCGCGGCACCACGACCAGCGCAUCAACGGGCGCGUGGGCGGCAGCGACCCGCACCAGCAGUAUUCCGACUCAGAACUGACCGUGUCCAAGCAGCAGCAGACGGCGGCGGCGGCAGCGGCUGCGGCGGCGGCGGCGGCCCAGGAGGGCGUGGAGGUUCGUGGGCUGCAGGGCGUGAGCGCGGGGGAGCUGCUGGGUAAGACUCACGAGGAGCUGGUGCUGCUCCUGAUCCAGCUGCGGCGCCACCACUCGGCGCUCCAGGCGGCCCGCCACCACGCCCGCCUCGAGAGAGACUCGCAGGCUCGCCUUGCGCACCUGGACGGGGAACACCGGGAGGACCACCUGCGCCGUCUGGCUGCCCUUAACCACCACCUGCACGAUCUUGAUAAGCAGUAUGAAAUGGGCAAGCCGCUCAUCAACCUCGUCGACAACAUGGUCAAGCUUGGAUCGCUGUAUCGAGGUGGCGACUCGAGGCUCUCUGCCCCGCGCGAUGCCCAGAGGCCGAGGUCGUACUAUCCGGCAGACGGCUAUGACUCUCUUCAGUUCUCGAGAAGAAUUCAGGAAAGGAGAAUAGUUGCAGAAGACAUGCAGGAAUACGAGUUGGCAGCGGCAGACCAGGCUGACUUAGAGGGAAAAGUGAUGCAAUUGUAUAAGUUGGACAAGAACCUACAGCAAGAGUCACUGACCAUUCAGAGCUUGCAGAGAGAGAAGGAGAUGCUGGAACGCACUCUAGUAAACCUGAAUUCCAAGUCUCACGGAGCAAAUGAGGGACCAGUAGAACUUGAACGGAGAAAGAAACAGAGACGGCACUUGGAACACGAGCUAUCCAAACUCCGUGCUCACCUUGCCGUGUCUGCAAGGAAAUUAGAAGAGACCGCUGCCGAGAACAGCCGCCUAGAGCAUGAGAUGAUGAUGCUUCGCCAAAAGAUUCAGGUAACCAUGGCACGUAACUGCCAGAGAGAGUCAAGCAGCAGUGCCGAAACACGCCACAUCGAAGCAGAAAUGGUUCGUGUGCAAACACUGUUAGAAGAUCUACAGAGACGGAGAAUUGAACUGAGUCACCAGAUCCAAAGAUUAACAUCAAGUAACCCAGGCAUCGAGCUGAGACCCUCCCCUACUGGGGUAAUGGGUGCUGCCCCUGUGCCUGCAAGGAAGAGAAGAAGCACUUGGCUUGAGACUGACCUGGAUGCCAUGAUAACAAGGGAUAGGGGCUUAGACCCACCUGAGGAUGAGAGGAUGCCCAGUCACCCUGUGUAUGUCAAUGCUUCAGGAUAUCCAGACAAGGUUGGGCCCAGUGAUUACCCUGAAAGUCCGGACUAUAUAGAUACAGACUAUCCACCACCUCCACCUCCUCCUGAGCAUAUGCGGUCAUAUAACGAACUCCUUGAUAGCCAAACGUCAUUGGCAGAUCAUUUCCUGAAUGAACAUCUAUACCUUCAUAAUUAUUCAGCUUUAGGAGAAUCUGAUCAAAUACAGCCUCUGUUAAAUGGGGACCUUGGAGGAAGUGCCUUGCUGGGGCUUGACCGUGAUGCCGCAGAUAAUCAGCCAGACGGUGAAGAGCAGCAGCAGUCUGGGAGCCAUCUGGACAUAAACGAUGCCGAUGACAGAAUGAAGAGAUAUUAUGGCAUCCUCCCCAAAGAGAAACCAUUGGAAAUAAAGACUGUGCGCAUAGUGAAGAGGGAGUCAACAGAGAGAAAGAAGGACCGCAGUGUUGGUGGAAAGCGGGUAACGAUUGGAGAGAACAACCUGACUUAUGUGACGGAAGAUGACAUCGAGAGUGACGGUUUGUCAGACGUUGAGAAUGAGCCGCCCAUUCCUUCCUUUGCUUCAAGGUCAGCCUCACUGCCUCGGAACUAUGGACGAAACGGGCCAGGAGAACGCGUCAGCAUGAUGGCAGCAAUGAUGAGGACAAGUGUUGGAAAUGCGGGCACCAUGACGCGGCCCAAUAAUUUAGCUCUGAAGAAAUCAGCCGAGUGGAAGGCUAAGAAUGAGAACCUCAAAGGUCGCCCAUUGAGCGCACAUGAGCAACUUUUUGGCUUUUCUCGAGAAGCCGAGCAAACCCCCCCAGCAUCCCCCUCCAAGUCGGAUCCCCCCUCCCCUGUUUUCAAAAGUGCCGCUGCACAGGAGAUUAUAAAGGAAAUGGCCUCCGAGGCCGAGAAACACAGGCGGUCCGUUCCUAAAGAGAAGCGAAGGCACUUCACGAUCUCUAGUAGUCGGCCCCUCAUGCUGGAGGCGAGAGAUACAGGGCUUGAGGAGGGUGCUAGAUCACGUGAUGACUGUGAUAUGGUCAGGGCCUUAAGACCACGAAAUCAUCCUGAUGUUGUUAAGUCAACACUUAGCACAAGAGAUCUCCGAUUUAAUGAGACAACAAUUGAUUCCAUACUUGGUGCUCCAGAUAAGAUAUACAUUCCAGAGCGAUAUAUGCCGGAUGAGGAUGAUGAGAAAGAACCAACAGAAGAAGAGCGUGCACAAAGAGAGCAGAAAGCAGAAUCGAUCCGGAAGAUGCUCAGUGAAACGCAAACAACUGUCACCGCCACUGACAACCCAGAAGUCAAAAGUGAGGCGAGCGAAACGGCGGCAAGUUCCUCCUCAGCUUUCAAAGCCAAGAUUGCAGCAGAGAAGAAGGAACGAGAACAUCUCCUUGCACUGAAUCAAAUCCUUGCGCGUCAGGUCAUGGAGAAAAGCCGUGUAGUUGCAGCUCACAACACAGUGGAGCCUCACCUGUAGCUGGUCAUUUAACAACAGUACGAGCUCUUACAAUGCUGACCAAGCAACCUAGUUCUUCCGACGAUGACUUGUCACCAAUGCAGCCUCUUCCUCUUGUGCAGCAGCGGGAAAACUACCUCGUCUAGACAACCAGACCCCAACUUCCUUGUCUGGGAUACCUCGGAAGCAAUUUCUCUACAAAUUGGUUUCCAUAGGGGGGAGGGGGGGGCACAAGAACAGCAGCCUAGUCUAACGUGUUAUUUUUAAAACAGGAUGUGAGUGAUAAUGAGACAGCAAAAAUGUUUUGAUAGUGUGAAAGUCCUACAUAGUAUCAAAAAAACAAAACAAAAAAACUAGUAGUGCUGUAUGUUCUCCCUGUUUUCAAGUGUGAUGGUCUUGACUGUCUGAAGGAGAUGUAUAGUAAGUAACAUAGGCUUCCGGAGUCUCCUUCAGGUUUAAUGUACUAGACGAUGUGAUGCGUUCACUUAGAUUGUGAAAGAAUUCUUUUUUAUUUUAUGAUUAUUCAUGACACUAUUGUGUGUGAAAGUGUAUCAGAUUUUUUUCUUCUGAAGAAAUGUUCUUUCAGAAUUUAGAGUUGACAUUUUCUGAUGCAUUGGGGACAUCAUUCACCAUUCUGAUAAAAUGUAAUGUGUGAAAAUGUUUAUCUGACUGAUGAAUAAUGCAGUUGCAGCUUGGUUUAAAUGUAAAUCAACAUUGUACAUUAUAAACUGAAGAAGUUUUUUCCUCAGAACAGACAUUACUUUUGAAGGAUUGAAAGCAGUGAUUAGAGUUUGAACUAAGAGAGUAUGGGCUUUUGUUUUUGUGAAAAGUGAAGAGCCUUCUAUGAUUUUGAAGAAAAUUUAAAAGAAUAAAAUCCAAAAGCAAAAUAUUUUCAAAAUAUUUUCUGAGCAUUUAUGCAACCAUCAUCAAAUACACGUUUCCUUGUAAGGAAUCACAUAGUGUAUACAUGAAAAACUGCCUUAUGGAAAACUAAAUUAAAAACGUGCCAAGUGUGACUGAAGAUGGAUGGCUUCAUUAUGUUGACUAAAUGUGAUAUAAAGGACAUUUUGGUUUUUAUUCCUUUUGUUUGGCUGCCAUAUCCUUACAUAAUGUAAGAAAUGCUUGGACCUUCAAAUGUUUCCUUGUUUGGAUGCCAGUGAGAGUUCUGCAUUAAGCUGUUCUUCCAUGAGUGACUUUCCUAACACUUUAAAAAGCUUCAUGUGUAAAUUUAGCUUUCAUUCAUAAUAAUAAAAAGAAAAAAAAAAAGUGCAAUGCUGAGGAUAAACUUUCCAAGAGACUGAAAGGUGAAGUCAUUCCCCUUUUUCAGAAUAAAGAAAGGACUUUUUGAAAACUGUAGUGUUCAUAUACUUGAGCUUCCAAAUGGUAUUGAAAAUUGAUUUCUUUAUCUCCAGUUUUAUGGUGAAUGUUGACAUGUCUGUACUGUACUACCAAUGAGAUAAGCUAACUCAUAGACCUUCGAAUCCAGUCUCGGUGCCACAUUAACUGAAGCUGGUUUGUCAGUCACUUAGGAUUUCAAUAGUAUUGUUAAAUGUAUGUGUGUAUCAUACUUGUUAGUUCUGUGUUUUAUUUUUAUUAUUAAUUUUAAUGAAGAUUGUUUGUUGCUAUAUUUCCCCUACAUGCUUGUAUUCAGACUCCUUUCCUCUUAGUGUUCAUACCAUUUUGGUAUAGAAUUUCUGUGUAUAGUUACUCUGUGAUUCCUCAAUCCUUCGGACUGAUAAACGGCUGCAAUAUAUGAAAGUUUUAUGUAAAUAGUAUGAUACACUAGGAUUAGUUGAUAGAGUUUUUUUAUUGGAAGUACAUUUUAGGUGAAAACUGAAUUUUGCCUCGUAAGUAUUAUGUUUAUAUAAACAUUCAAUUUAUGAUUUUUGUAGGUAAUAAAAAAGAGAGGAAAAAAAGCUUGAAAUGUCAAACUCUAGCUUUAAAAUAUGGCAUCCCUUAUUACUCACUUUACGGUUUAGUUAAUAUUCCAACAUAUCUUAAGCAAUAAUAAUAUUGUCAUAUGGUAAUUUUUCUUCAGAAUAUCCUAAUUCAUUACUGUUGUGGUGAAGACUGCCAGAAAAUAAGGAGAGAUCUUUGUUGAAUACAGUGGGAUGAUUUUUCUAUGCCUUCAAUAAUAAUGUAAGGAUUGUCAGGAAGAUUGUAUGCUGUUGGUUAUACAUAAUAAUGUAUAUUUUAACUGCUCUCAAACUUGUGUAUUUUUUACAAAAGAUAUUUACUGUAUAUUGCCAGUACUAUUUUUUGGAACCUGUACAAAAGAUUGUAUUGUGCAAUAAAAUUCAAUUGCUCCAAA